CCUUUUUCAUAUUCAUGUUUUCUACAGCACAGGAAGUGUGAGGUGAUGUGAGGAGCAGCAGGAAGUGAUGUGCUGAUCUAUAAUCUAUUACUGUUAGAGGUUGAGGUUGUUUGUGGUCAGGAAGUGUAAAUGUGCCUCAGUGCUGCUUGAGCAAAAGUCAUUGCAGAGUACAUCCGCUCUGUGUGUCUUUAAAAGUGGCUUCACUGAAGGACUCGGCUGAGGCUCUUGGACAUUGAAGUUUGAAGAUUUUGGUCGGUGUGGGAGGAAACCGUGUUUCUGAGUGACGAUCUCAAAAUGGAUGCCCUGCUCAUCAUGGAGUAAAAAGACUGACAUGAGCUUUUCCUAAACUGUUCACGAUGACCAUCUGAAUGCGAAUACUAUGGAGGAUAUUGUAGACUAUCAGGAAUCUGAGCCUUACCUGGAGGCCAUGCAGUACAUAGAGAGGAUGAAACAGGACAAUGAAAUUAGCCUUGAGAACGAGACCAUCCCCAGGAAAAGCUGUGUGGAUCUGGACGUGCCAGAUGAUGGUGUGUCUUUGUACCCCGUCACUGUUCCCUGUGCUCCUCUCUCUUAUGCUACUGUGCAAUGGGAUACCCCAGAAACGCCCACAGAGCCUCCCGGAUCAUCUGAGACUGAAUUAAACUCCAUUGCUGAGCCAAGGUUCGACUGGACAUUGGAUCUACCAUCUGCAGACCUCAGUUAUAGCACAAAUCAGGACACCAUUGUUGAUUUCGUACCCGAAGCCGAGGCACAACUUGAUAUUGCACUUGCAUCUACUCAGACAUAUGAUGCUCAGAAGUCAGAAACACAGCCGGUACUUUUACAUGAAGAGCCUCCCAUGUCAUCUGCAGAUGUCAAUGAUUCCAGAGCAGAUGCGAAUGAAGAGCAUUCUGAACCUUCUGAUGAUAUUCCGAUCUUUAUGGAUGAACGAGAAUCAGAGAUUGAACUGGAUCAAGACAGCUCACGGUCAUAUGAAGAGAAGGAACCUGACACGUUAGUCCUUCCUCAAAUUACUUUUGCCCAUGAGGAAACAACAGAUUCAGGCAGUGAAAAGCAAGCAAGAGAGUGGACUGAGGCCGAAGCCAAAGGAGAAUCAUCAGACACAAGAACCGAUAUUCAGGAUCAAAUUCAAGGACCUGAUCAACGUCUGGAAAAGGAAGAGUCAAUUCCUCCUGAGGUCCAGUCUGAUCAUUCACAGGAUGCCAUGAUUACAGGCCCAACAGAACCACCAGAGCAGCUGUCGGACAUUAUGGACAAUUCAGUGGAACUUGAGGCAGUAAUACUGACACAAGAGCCAGAAAAGAUAAGCACAGCUGUUACAGAGACAGAGAUGAACCAGAAUAAUGGCACUUUUCAACAUGCAGAAGAGAUUCAGGACCACUCAGAGCAAUUCGAUGCACAGGUCCAAGAAUAUGUAGAAAAACCCAUUGGUUCAGAACAAAAGUCUGAACCUGAAAAUGGGCUGCCAGAGCAAGCAGUGUCUGAGCUGAUAGAGCAGCCCGAGAAGUUCAGAUGUCCUGAAGAGAACGAAUCCUCAGAGCAGAUCCAGUGUUCAGAAGAGGAGAAACCCUGCGAGCAGACGCCACAAUCAAAGAUGGAGCCAUCAGAGCAUUCAGACGCAUCCAGUGACAUGAACCAACCUACAGUGCUGACAGACAUAGCACAACAUGUACAGGAUAUGACAUCAGAGCCCCAGAUGCAGGACGAGUUGCCUAUUCUAGACACAAAAACUGCUAGUCCCUGCAUCAACGGUGGCAUUGAGGUCGUGGACAGGGCUAAGGCUCAACAGUUGGCUGUGAAGCUCUACAGAUUGGAUGGUUUUCGGCGUACAGAUGUGGUCAGACAUCUGGACAAAGACAACAAGUUCAGUCAUGCUGUUGGGGAGGAGUACCUCAAGUUCUUUGACUUCACCAACCAAAAUCUGGAGCAAGCACUCCGGUCAUUUCUGAAGGAGGUGGUUUUGAUCGGUGAAACUCAGGAGCGCGAGAGAGUCCUGCAGCACUUCUCCUGUCGUUUCCAGCAGUGUAAUCCUGACACUUUCUCCUCAGUGGGAUCUGUGCUCACGCUCACGUGUGCCAUUAUGCUGCUUAACACAGACCUGCAUGGACAAAAUGUUGGGAAGCCCAUGUCUUCAGCUGAAUUUGUGUCAAAUCUGGAUGGCAUGAAUGGAGGCGAGAAUUUCAACAAGGACUAUCUGAAGAGUCUCUACAGCUCUAUCAAGAGUGAUCCGCUGCAUUGGGCCAUAGAGGAUGAAGUUCUGGCUAAAUCCAUGAUGCUCGAGCAGGAUGUGGACCAGGAUGGACUUCUGCGCUCAAAGAGUAACCCAUUCCAGGAUCUCCCUCACGACACCAAGGCCACCGUGUUCCAGAAAGGCUUUUUAAAGCGCAAAGCCCAUGCAGACAUUGAUGGCAAACGCACUCCUUGGGGAAAACGAAGCUGGAAGACAUUUUAUGCCAUGCUGAAGGGAAUGGUGCUUUACCUGCAGAAGGAUGAUUAUGUGAAGGACUGUCAGAGCUCAGAGGAAGUGGUCAGCGUUCAUCACGCUCUGGCGGAGCAAGCUCUGAAUUACACCAAACGCCCCCACGUGUUUCGCCUGCAGACAGCCGAUUGGAGAGUUUUCCUCUUUGAGGCUGCUUCCACAGAGCAGAUGAACUCUUGGAUCGGCCGGAUCAACCUGGUGUCUGCGCUGUACUCCUCACCACCGUUUCCCGCUGCUGUAGGCUCUCAGAGAAAGUUCUGUCGGCCCAUCCUGCCCGCGACACAGUCACACCUCAUGCUGGACAAACAGCUGCAGUCCCAUGCAGCCAUGUUGCACAGCUUUCAGCAGGACCUGACGGCUCUCCAGCAGGAUGCGCCGGACAGCAGAAAGAGCAAAGCCAGAGAGCUGGAGGAGCUCAGACAGAGAGAGGAGUACUUACAGUACGAGAAGUCUCGUUAUGAAGUCUAUCUUAAAGUUCUGGAGGCCUGGCAGGAGCUGGAGAAGUCUGAUUCCUCGGUUGGAGACAAACUGAAUGUGUUUGAUGAGGGAUUGUGGAGAGGUGUGAUGGACGAGCAGCAGGAUGAGGCUGAUGCUGGGAUGAAGCGAUCUCACUCCAGUCCGUCUCUGGAGUUAGAAACACCUCCUCACCCUGUCGUCAAAGUCAGACGCAACAUCUCCGAGAGACGGACCUACCGAAAGAUCAUAAUCCCUCGCAGUAACAAAGAGCUUUGAAAAAAUCAGGACUAUAGUGUCUGAACUCUUACACGCAAACUGUGGAGAUAUGCUUGAAGCAGUUGAAUCCUUUAAGAUUUUACAUCAUUUAAUAUAUUUUUAAGUCUGUCCCAUCCAAAGUAAAAAUAGCAACAAAUGUAUUCUUUUUAAAUACUGAUUUUUUUGCACACAACUUCUUCAUUAAUUGACACUGUUCAUACCGCCCACAAGAGGGAGAUGUUGCUCAAGAUGUUUAAAUGAAGGACAAGCUCCAAGUCAUUAGUUCUUGCCUCACAUCUUAAUAAGAGUUCCUGGAUUUAAUGUGUUGUCAGCAGAACCAUAGUAAAGCACAUUUUCUUCUGAAUGCGUUGUUGCUGAAUGGCUUUUGUGGAUUUUGUGUUUGUGAAUAUCUCAUAUCCUUUCAUUUAAACAACAGCGGUCAUUAAACUCAGAUGCUGAGGAUGUUUGUGAUGGAUUGUGCCUUUAGGCUCUGGAUGCUCAGGAUGUGUCACUUGAUAAAGAUCUGAAAAGCCAAUAACAGAUAAUGCCGCCUGUUGACACAUAAACAGAUUGUGAGGGAAAACAAUCAAACUGUCAGUGAGUUAGAAAAUGACUGAACGCCACUUAAAGCCAGACUUCUGCUCUUAUACCACGUUAUAAAGCACCAGUGUAAGUACAAAUGCGCCUCUAAAUAUAGUCCGACAAUUAAUUUAAUACUUGAGUGAUUUGAAAUCCUGCAGCUGCUGGACAGAAUUAUGUUUAACAAACCAACACGAACGCACAAUCCUCAUAGAGUGUUACCAAAUACUUCAGAAUUGUUUGCUCGAGGUGAGCAGCAGCCGUUCCCGCUCUGCUGUUGGCAUAAGGUCACGACCAGAGCUCAGUGCUGGAGCCGCGGAGCGUGACGUCUACGCAGUCGCUUUUACUGGAGUGAGCUCAAGUUCUUCUGUGUUUUUUUGUUCCUGCAUGUCUGUAUGGCUGAAGGGUUUUGUGGCCACUUGUCAGGCCUGGUUGAGUAAUUAAAAAGGCAAGUGGAGGCUUUUCUUCAUUAAGGGCCCUAACCAGCACUCCGCUGCUCGUGGGUCUCGUCCGUCGCCCUCGUUCUCGCUUGAUCUGUCACAAAAAUUCCUGACAUCAUUCCUCUGAAUUCCUCUUUGUGCUGUCACUCGCGCUCAGAUUCGGCGGGUGAAGCGUUAACUCUGGUUUCAGUGGUGGCUGUUCUUCUCGCUCUUUCUCCAUCUGCUCCAGUGCUCUCACGGCGGUCCUCAUCACUCCCCUGUGUUCAUCUCCUGAUGUUUGUUGGAGGUUGGUUCCCUUCCCAGAUGGAGAGAAGUGAGGGAAAGUAAAAGAAAAUACUUUUUUAAAGACCCAUGUCUUUUUACUACUAGAUUUGACCUUUGUGAGUCAAAACUGUAGGCACAGAUAUCAUGUCUAUUCAUCCGUUCAUCUUCUCACUUUACAAUGGCUUUGUUGUCUUGUGUGUCAUGUUAAGAAAUGAUCUGUUCUGAUCAGACGUUCUCCGUUUAGAUGAGGAUUCAUAUCUGGGUUAAACUUUUCUUGGGAUCUUUCAUAUCUGAGCAUUUCUUUCACUCACAGACCCUGAACACAUGAUUCCGUCAUUUUAAAGCUGAAUUUAUUUGUGUUGGUUUCUGGUAAAGUGGCCCAAGUCGUCUUGGUCAGUGACCGGAGUUUGGCCUCAGCGCUGGGCCACAUUAACGCCACUCACAACAGCCUGAAGACACACGCUGCCAGGGACAAUAACAGGCUACAUUUUUCAUGCUGUUAAGUGAAGCAGACGCGUCCUGUGAGUUUUUGCAGAUAACGUACAUCUUGAUGUACUGAUGCAUUGACGUGACUGCAGAUGGACAGUUAUGAUUUGUCCUGUAAUGUAUGCAUCAAAAAAUUCUGGGUCAUUCUCAAACAAGCGCAAAAUGGCAUUUGUGCUUGAAAUUCCAGGGUUGUUGUUUGAUGUGAAAUCACAUCUCUUUGCUGUUUUUAUCAUUUGAUGCCAAAUGGAGCAUAGUGGCCUCUGACACAAAGUAGAUAAAUAUGGCAGAAGUGAAGUGAAAUAACCAGGUAUGGUGUCCCACGCUCAGAAUUAGUGCUCUGUGUUUAACCAAGUGCACACAUAUACACACACCCUGAGCAAUGGACAGCCAUUGCUGCGGCACCUGGGGAGCAGUUGGGGGUUUGUUACCUUGCUCAAGGGUCACACCUCAGUCGUGAUAUUGAGGGUGAAAGCAAGCACUGUAUAUUCACUUCCCCCACUUACAAGUAUCGAGAGUCGAAUCCGCAACCUUUGUAUUACAAGUUUAGUUUGUCUCUCUAACCAUUUGGCUGCUUCUGAAUUCUGAUUGAUAGAUCUGAAGUACAACAACAGUACUAACAAACAUGACUGCUGUAGAGUGAGUUGUGAGAGACAAAACAAACCAUAAUGUCAUAUUGCAGAGUUACAUGUAUUACACAGAAACAUUUACUUGCAUAUCAAAAUAAAGGAUCUUACUGUC